AUGGCCUCCGUCGACUACCAGAGCCACUUCUCUAUCGCGAAUAUUCCGUUCGGAGUAGCCUCGUCCAACACGCACCCGAAGCCUCAAUGUGUAACUCGAUUGGAGAAUAACGUCAUAUUUCUUGCGGAGUUACAACGUACGGGUGUCUUUGCUGAUAUUUUGAGCUUGCCAGAGGGUAUCUUUGACCAGCCGAGUCUCAAUGAGUACGCGGCGUUACCAAAGGUCACUCAGCGCGAGGUCCGCAAGGUGUUACAAGUGGCACUGGCCAAACCCCUGCCAACGGGACUCACCGAAGACAUCAGUGCGGUGACUCUUCAUAUGCCUGUCUCUGUAGGCGGUUUUACAGACUUCUCGUGCAGUCUGCACCACGUUCGGAACGCAGGCCGAGCUAUCCUCAAUGACGAAUCCCCUCCUCCCGGCUUCUUCAACUUUCCAAUCGGAUACAACGGCCGCGCAAGCACUAUUUUUGUCUCGGGUACUCCGGUGAUCCGGCCACAAGGCCAUUUCUUUGACCGUUCUGCGCCAACUGAGAAGAAGCCCAUUGUAUAUGGUCCCUCGCAAGCUCUAGACUACGAACUGGAGAUCGGGGUCAUCGUUGGCAAGGGUGUUUCACGUCUACAAGGAUUGAAUGCGAAAGAUGCGGAUGAGCACAUCUUUGGCUUGGUUAUUUUGAAUGAUUGGAGCGCACGCGACAUCCAGGGAUGUGAGAUGGUUCCACUGGGACCACUGAAUGGCAAGUCAUUUGGAACGAGCAUUUCACCCUGGAUUGUGACAUUGGAUGCCCUCGAGCCAUUCAAGGUCGCGGGCCCCAAGCCCGAGGCUGUCUUGGCAAGCCAUCUCGAAGAUAUUGCCGACUCCAGUUAUGCUAUUGAUAUGAAGGUGGAAAUUCUUGUUGGGACACAAACAACCACUGUCACCGAGUCAAAGGUACAGGACUUGCACUGGAGCGGACGUCAAAUGGCUGCCCAUCUUGCUAGCACCGGGGCCGACCUUCAGACUGGAGAUAUCAUUGGCACUGGAACGGUCAGCGGUCCGGUCGAUGGUAGCUAUGGCUGUCUGCUUGAGAUUACCAAAGCUGGCAAGGAGCCUGUCACCCUUGCUGAUGGUUCCAAGAGGCAUUUCCUGUUGGAUGGUGAUGUAGUUCGCAUGACCGCUGUGGCGGGUGGAGCUGAUUCUGGCGUUGGAUUUGGUGAGUGCAUUGGUGAACUGCAGCCUGCGAUGAAGUUCUAG